GGAUUUGACCCUCCAUUUCUAGCGAGGCAAGCGCCAACCCACCGCCGUUAAGCCUUCCAUCACCGUCUCUCUCUCCUCUCUUUCUCUCUCUCUCAGAAGGAAGCCGGAACAAAAAUAUAUGUCGAACUUACAUCCGUCGCUCAAUUACAUGAAAGCCGCUCCGUUUGAGGUGCCAGCCACCUCUUCCGCCGCUGCUAACAAUGACCGGAAUGUUCAAUCAGUCGAACAGCUUGUACUUGACCUCUGCAACCCCGAUCUCCGCGAAAACGCUCUUCUCGAACUUUCCAAGAAGAGGGAGCUGUUUCAGGAUUUGGCUCCGUUGCUGUGGAACUCCUUUGGUACACUUGCUGCUCUUCUACAGGAAAUAGUUUCUAUUUACCCAGUGUUAUCUCCACCAAAUCUAACUCCUGGGCAGUCAAACAGGGUUUGCAAUGCACUCGCCCUUCUUCAGUGUGUGGCCUCACAUCCAGAUACAAGAAUGGUGUUCCUCAAAGCUCACAUUCCUCUGUACCUGUAUCCUUUUCUUAAUACCACCAGCAAAACUCGCCCAUUUGAGUACUUGAGGCUUACAAGUCUAGGAGUCAUUGGUGCUCUGGUGAAGGUUGACGACACUGACGUUAUCAGUUUCCUUCUCUAUACUGAAAUAAUUCCCUUGUGCUUGCGGACAAUGGAGAUGGGAAGUGAACUAUCAAAAACAGUAGCAACAUUUAUUGUGCAGAAAAUUUUGCUUGAUGACGUGGGAUUGGAAUACAUAUGCGCUACAGCAGAGCGAUUCUUUGCUGUAGCUGGGAUUCUGUCAAACAUGAUUAUCGCACUUGCUGAACAGCCUUCUGCUCGGCUGUUAAAGCACAUUAUCAGGUGCUUUCUUCGUUUGUCUGAAAAUCUAAGAGCUUGUGAAGCACUCAAGAAUUGUAUGCCUGACAUGCUCAAAGAUGGAACAUUUAGCAGCUGCCUUCUUGAAGAUGUAACUACGAGACGAUGGUUACAACAAUUGCUUCAUAAUGUGCUAGGGCCUCGGGUAGCCAUUCAAGCAGGAGGUGGAUUUGAUAUCGUCAAUCAUGGCUAGAUCUAGUUUACUCAUCGCUCAUGUGCUUAACUCGCAGUUUUUGAAGAUUUGCAGGCAUCUCUUGCUUUGCCUCAUACUACAGUACAACCAAUUUUUGGUAUAAUAAUAAUAAUAAUACCGGAGAAGUCUCGCUUUGACUAGGAAGGUCGGGUUUAAUCUUUGGAGAUAUCGUCGUCUUUUGAUAUUGGUUGUAAUGAUAUUUAUCUAGAAGACAAAUAUUGUAUAGGGAAUGUUGUCUUGUUGUUUUCUUGAAAUCGUCGAUAUAAUAGAAUUGGAGUUGUGGAAUUGUAAUUCAGUCUUGUUGUUUUCUUGAAAUCGUCGAUAUAAUAGAAUUGGAGUUGUGGAAUUGUAA